GGGUUCAAUAAUUGGAAAAAAGGCUUAGAAAAAUUCGAAAACCACGGAAGUUUAAAUUAUCAUAAAGAAGCUAAUUUAAAAGCUGACCAUUUUAUGGAUGUCAUGUUAGGAAAAACAUUAUCGGUUGAUAAACAAAUUGACAAAUUUCAUCACCAACAGACUUUAGAGAAUCAAGAAAAACUUAAACCGAUAAUAAAAACAAUUAUUUUGUGUGGACGACAAUGUCUACCACUUAGAGCACAUCGAGAUUACGGAACGUUUAAUAUAGAUCAAGAGCCCGAAUGCAACGAAGGUAAUUUUCGAGCGUUACUUAGGGCACGAAUUGAUUCAGGAGACACAAAUUUAAAACAACAUUUAAUGACUUGCGGAAAAAAUUCAACGUAUAUUAGUUGGAAUAUUCAAAACCAAAUAAUAGAUGCUUGCGAUGAAUUUAUUUUAACAAAACUUGUAACUAAAAUUAACAACGCUAAAUGUUUUACUAUACUCGCUGACGAAACGUCUGAUAUUUCCUCUAUUGAACAAUUCGCAUUGUGUAUAAGAUAUAUUGAAUCAACCGAUGUAAAUAAUUUUAAAAUAGUUGAAAACUUUUUAAAAUUUGUACCAGUAGAAUCAACUUCGGGUCAAAAUUUAGAAGAUGUACUUUUAACAACAUUGAAUUCAUGUGGUAUUAAUAUAAAUUAUUUACGCGGACAAGGCUACGAUGGGGCUGCAGCGAUGAGUGGCAAAUUUAAAGGUGUCCAAGCGCGUAUAAUAGAAAAAUAUCCAACUGCACUCUAUGUACAUUGUGUUUCACACAGCUUAAAUUUGGCUUUAUCUAAUGCUGUUGAUGUAGUACCUAUUAGGAAUAGUUUUGUUCCUGAUAUUAAUAAAACUAAAUUUGUUCAACUAUGUCCAACUAGAUGGGUUGAACGACACGAUUCAAUAAUAGUAUUUAAUCAACUUUUAUUACCUGUAGUGGCGGCGUUAGAAGAAAUUCAAUCGUGGAACUGUAAAGACUCUUCAUCAGAAAAAUUAUUAGCUUAUACUUUACCAAUAAGUAAAAUACUUCAAACGACAGAUAUAGAUCUAUCAACUGCAGUUAACCAAGUUGAAAGUGUAGUGUCUAUUCUCCGACGACUUAGAAGUAAUGCCGACAAUGAAUUUAAACAAUUAUUUUUAGAAGCACAAGAAGUUGCCUCUAAUUUAGACUUGACUAUGUCUAUUCCUAGACUAACAAAACACCAAACUAAGCGAU